AUGCUCGCCCUGACGCAGGCCUUGCAGAACAUGGAUCUCAACAUCGUCAAGGGCAGAGUGCGCGACUCCUCGAGUGACCCGGACUUGAGGAGGUCGACGUUUUUCAUCACAGACAAGCACACGUCAGACAAGGUGCUGAAGAGUGAGAAGCUGGAGGACAUUCGGCUGGCCGUGGAGUACACGCUUCUCGAGAAAUUCCCCGAGGAGGGCGCGAAGCUGGCGGCGGCGGACCGCCGCGACGUCCACCGGCAGCCGCGAAAGGACGGCGAGAGCGUGGUCCCUACGCGAGUCACGGUGGAGCCGCACGAGUCUGGCACCCGCUCAAUCCUGCGGGUGAAGACGCGCGACUAUCCGGGCAUCCUCACGGAGAUUGUGCGCGUCCUCAAAGACAUCAACCUGAACGUCACGUACGCGGAGAUCAACACCGUUGGGCGCGAGGUCGACGACACGUUCUACGUGACGUACCACGGCGCCGCCCUGGACCACAACAUGGAACUGCUCGUAACCAACUGCUUGCAGUACUACAUCUCGCUGUUCGAGCUCGAAAGGGACGAGUCCUACUAG